AUGCAAGUUUUGUCAACGGUUGUUACAAAGGUUUAUAUUUAUCAUUUGGGAGUAUGUUUCAGACUUUUGAUCGUUAUUUAUACAGAAUAUGGACAGGGCGAAGAUGUGGCUCCGAGCAACACACAGCCUUCAACUGCGCUAUCGUUUCGUCCGACUGUUCACCAUUCUACGAGUGUUCCCGAAUCCGUAACAUCUUGGCAGGAGUCCACAUUUGAAAGCUCUUACCAGCAGUCAGGGAAGGGAAAUGAUAUAUCACCAAGCACAGUUACCUUUGCCAAAGAUGAUAAUUCUAAAGAUAACGUUCAAAAGAUGAAGAACAGGAAACUUGGCGAACUAUUUGCUAGCACUGAAAUGCUGUUUAAUAGUGGAAGAGAAGAAAAUAAAAGAAUGAAAGCUGUCUUUGGGGUGUUUUCGGGUCUGGCUGUCGGAAGUCUGAUAUUCGUAUUGUUAUACUGUAAUUUUGAAUACAGUGGUAUUAUUGCAGGAAUCGUCGCAUCUGUCAGUACUAUUUUCAUUUGUAUUGGGCUAGCUUUCUUUCCGAUCUGUAGAUGUAUCAUGGCUCUAGUUUUUCCAAACUUUACAACGGGAAAAGGACGAACACUACUUCUUUCGGUUAUUUUUGCUGGUAUAUUAACUGGGCCGAUUCUAAACAUUACACACAAUGGUAAGGAAAUCGGAAACAGCAUGGCAUGUGUGAUUGACCUAAUUGCCAAUCAAUCCAGAAUAUUAUUACAGCAGUCAAAAGAGCCUAUAAGAGAUGUUGCAAAAUAUAUAGAGCAACAAAGACAGUCACUAGAAAACAUCCAGAACAGCAUGUUUGUUGACUUUAAGGAAUUGAGAGACGCCAUUGAUGCACUGGAGAAUGACUUUAAUGUCGUGGAUACAAGUAUGAACAAAAUCUAUGAGGAAUGCACCAGCCCACUAAAGACAGUUAAUCAAGAAUGUAUAAAACUGUACGACUGUAACGAACUUCCGACAUUUCCUAUAAAUCUAAGAGAGGAAUGCCUUACUCAGUGCAGCAGUUUGAACACUCUAACUGAUAUAUGCUCUCCAUUAAAGAUAAGUGACAACUUUGCUGGUGUUACAAAAGAUAUGAAAGACAUUAUUGGCCAAGCAGAAAAGUAUUUUAGCCCUGGAGUUAAGGUAGAUGGUAAUUUUGAAGACAAUGGAAAUAACUCGGAAGAAAUCAGCAUGGUACAACGACGAAUAGAUGAGAAGACUGAGUCAAGCGUUCUUACAAUAAAAACUAUCAUUACGACAAUGAAGUAUGUGCUGUCGUUGUCUUUGCUUUUAAUGUUUAUCCAAGCGUUCUUAUACUUCAAAAAUUAUAUGGCAAAAGACGGGUAUGACAAUACAUACAUAACAAAAGAAUUCAUUGAACUUGACAAGAAAAAGGAGGAAAAUGGCGAGGAAUCUUUAUUGCCUAUUAAGAAAAUAGAGAAAUCAGAAUACAUUCAUACAAGGUCAUUAAAACUAACAAAGCAAGAGCUUGGCAGUUGUAAAACUGGUCUCGCUCAUGUUUUUAUACAUGCCUUUAUUUGUUUUGUCGUGGUUUUGUUCGAUUUCUUUCUGUAUUAUAUCUUAAAUCUUAUCCAGACGUUUGGUAAAGUCGAAAUAGACCUGAAUGAUAAACGCCGGUUGACCGUUGACGUGAAAGGAAAGGGUUUCAUUGCCAGCUUUUAUAAGGAAAUUUUUAAAGGCAUAAACAUAGAUGAUGUAUUCCACGUACAUGUUAACCUAGACAAAUGUUUACCAAACCCAACAUCUACAUCUGGAGACACUGUUGUUGGCUUUUUCCUUCUCUAUCUACUGGCAUUGUGCUUCGUGAUGUUUCAUGGUUAUGCAAUGCGCAUGCGCAGGAAAAUUGCUGCAUACUUCUAUCCAGAACAAGAAGCUUCACGAAUGGAAUAUUUGCACAAGACUAUUCGUCAUAAACGUAUCGCACGUCAAAGAUUUCUCCGUCAAGAAGUACGGUCGGCUCACAAAGAAAGUCUUAUGAAGAAAAAAUUCCGGCUUUCUACGUGGCUCAUAACCAAUUGCAAAUGCAUUGCCAAUCUUGUUCCAUCGAGACAGCAGUUAGAGUGCAGCAGCUGUGAGGAGACAAAGGGAACAUUUGACUCAGUAAAGCUGACGAAAUGUACUGGGGUAAGGGAUGAUGUUGCCUGUACAGCUGUCUAUUGUGACGACUGCAGAGUGAUUCUUGGCGGAGUUUGUCCUUUAUGUUACCAAGAGGAAGUCGAACUAAGAGACUAGUCUAUUAUAUCAAAUAUUGUUGCAUGGAAAUAUAUAUACUAUUGCUUUCUUCGAGGAAUUAUAUCUUUCCAACAAAAUUGUGCUCUAUACAUACAUGUAUAUGUUUACAAUAAUCAGAGGUGUAUCAAAUGUUAUAUGUGCUGAUGGUAGUCAACAUGGCGCCAUUGCAACGUUUUGUGUCUGCAUUCUUGCUAUUGACGUAAUGAUAAGUGGAAUGGAUUUAGAAAAUUCAAAAAUUAAUUUUGACAGAAAUAAAUACAUUUUUAUCCUGAACACAUGUACGAGUAUGUGGUACAAAAGACAUAUAUGUACUGAAAUAUCAUGCUGAGUACCUUCACUUAACGUUGUACAUGAAGGGCGAACUAUUGUUCGUUUGUUUUUCUGUAAUUGGAAUAUUGUAUGUCGCAGUAAUAUCCAUGGCAGAACAGUCGAUAUUUGAUUUAAAAAAAUCAUCACUUUUUCGCCCCAUUUUUCGCCCCAUUUUAUAUUGAUUUAAGCUGUCUGUUUCAAUUGAUUUCAAUAUAUUCGUUUUACAAAUAUUUGGUAUGUUUCUGGAUGGAUAUCAUUACAUUCAUACUCUGAUAUGUAAAAAUAAUCAACCCAAUACAAAACAAAGUCUGCAUGAAAAUUCAUUUCCUGAAUGUUGUUUUCCCGAACAACAUAUAUGUUCUUUUAGAGCUUUGAUUUUGAUUAUUUAGGAGCAUUCCCUGAUGGGAAACUUUUGACAAAUGCUAAUCUUUAAACGUCCAUAUAUGAACAGAAUCUACACGUUAUAUGUAAUUCCUUAGAAAAUAAUGAUUAUGUUUGAAAAGAAGAAAAAGUCAGAUCUAUCAUGAAAUAACAACACUUUCACAGAAUAAGUUUGAGACUUUCUGAAAAAGAAACUGGCAUUACUUUUUAACCUUUGUGCAUUUGAUUAGCAACAUAACUUUCAAAUGCAUUGAAAUUAGGGGAAAAAAGAAAUCGCAUCUUCCCGGCCUUUUCCGUCAAUUUUCGGAUAAAUAUUAUGAAUAAUCGCCGAGGAGUUCCGAUUUAGUUAUUUAUUUAGUUAUUGCAGGCAUCAUUUUGUGACCAUUUCCUUCAAGAUGCAAUAAGCUAUUAUAUAUGGCCAGAACAGCCCCACUUUAAUAAAUAUACACAUACAAAAUUGCUUUUACAAUGGCAGCAGCUUUUCAUUAUGUCACUGAAACAGACCAGUCUGUGAAAUAAAUUUCUAUUAGCCAAAUAUAAGCGUGAUUUUCUGAUUUCAUUCGAAAUUUUAAUUUCUCAUUCGAUUUAUUUAUAUC